AGCAGGGACGGUGAAGGACAGAAGUUUCUCGUGACGGAGCAACAGAUCGAACUUUGCGUCUUCCCCAUCUUUCUUUCUGUUCCCGUUCUCCCCAUUUUUUCCACUCCUCCCCGAGAGACCGCCCGCUCCUGGCACUCUCGCCGACUCUGCCCCACAGGUCGCACGACGUUGACUUGGGAUGCGGGAUCCGCUAAAGAAAUCGACGAAUUUGGAUUUCCCCACCUUGUUUGCUGGCUCAGUCUCGUGUCUUGAACCAUCGAAUUCGCCUCACCACGCAGGGGCGUGCUGUGACACUGGAAACCGCGUCUACCCUUGUACCCGUUCGUCGCCCGUACACGCUGGUCGUCGGCGCGUACGCUGUGUCGAUGUUCCGGGCGUUCCUCGUAGUCGAGUCAAACUCUGUCUUCUCUUUUCAAACACUUGUCGUCUUCCCUUACCUCGGAAGAGGUGACUGGCCUUCCACCUUCCGCGUUCACAGCAGCAAAUCGCUCGCAGAAGUCACUGCCGUUCUUUCCGGGGACGCAUUCCGCACCGUAGCUGGCUGCCGCUCCAGGUGUGCCUGCUCCUGAAUUUCGAAAGCCGCCAGUCCGAGCUCGACCGCCGCUCUUCGUUUCUCUCGCGGACUCUUCGAAUGCGCGCAUGAACUGCGUGGUCCAAGUCGGCUACUGCUAGAGAACUGCACGAACGGAAGCUGAAAUGGCGCCCGAGACUGCGAAAAGUCGUUUCUCUCGCGAGGAGGGGGCUGCCGCGCGACCGUCGAAGCGGAGGAAACGCUCUGAAGAGGCUUCAGAGGAAACGGACACACCGGAGACUGUCGAGGCGCAGUCCGCGAAGAAGCGCAGACAGGCGACGACCGAAGCCGGUAAGCCGAGUGCGACUGUCUCCGGUUCGUCCUCCAGGUCUGCCGCGUCUAAGAAGACGCGGUGUCGAGACGACUCGGACGACCUGUUGAAGGCUGAACCGAGUUCUUCCAAGGAGGAAAACGAUGAGCAGGAUGGAGACAGCGACGCGGAGUCCGGCCGGCCGGCGUCCGAUUCUGGGCUCCUCUCGGACUACAACUUGUCGAAGACUUCCCUGAAGUCUCUGCAGAAGCGAGGCAUCACUCGCUUACUUCCUGUCCAACAGGCCGCGUACAGGCACGUGUUCGCGGGUCGCGACUUCGUCGGUCGCGCGCGGACGGGGACGGGGAAGACCAUUGCCUUCGCUCUGCCACUCGUGGAGAGAGUUUGCGCGUCGCUGCCUCAGCCUGGGAACUCGAAGGAGAAGCCGAGGAUCGUGACCCUUUUGCCGACUCGCGAGCUCGCCCAACAAGUUCAGGAGGAGUUCGAGACGCUGCUCGGCGGCCGCCUGGCUUCCGUCUGUCUGUACGGCGGCGCGCCGGAGUAUCCGCAGCUGCAGAAGCUGCGCAGCGGCGUGUCAGUGAUUGUGGCAUGCCCGGGUCGCUUCAAAGACUUCAUGGACCGGGGGGAGAUUGCGGGCAAGCAGUUGGAGGCCGUGGUGCUCGACGAAGCAGACAGGAUGCUCGAGAUGGGAUUUCGCGAGGACGUCGAGGAGAUUCUUCAGUGGACUAGGAAGGAGCGAGAGGAGGGGGAGGCGGAAAAGACGUCGUCUCUCCAGAUGCUUCUCUUCACCGCGACACUGCCCAAGUGGGCACUGACGCUCGCGGAUAGGUUCAUGCGCAAGGACCGCGUCGUGGUGGAUGUCGUGAAGCUUCAACAAACGACAGAGACUGCGUUGUGUGCGGAGAAGAAGCAGGGGACCAUCGAGCACCUGGUCGUCUUUUGCGCGUGGCAGUCUCGCGCUCAGGUUCUCGGCGAUUUGCUCGCGCUGUACACGCCUCCGGGCCUGGCGUCUUCCGUGAUCAUCUUCGCAGAAACCAAGCAGGAAGUGAACUCGAUCGCCGUCGCCUCGAAUAUCCGUCAUCUGUGUGCGCCCCUCCACGGAGACAUUCCCCAGAACCAGCGCGAAGCGACGCUGAACGCAUUCAAGAAGGGCAAGUUCGUCUGUCUCGUGGCGACAGACGUAGCGGCCCGCGGCCUGCAUGUCGACGACUUGUCGCUGGUCAUUCAGAUCUCCCCGCCGCGCGACGUCGACACGUACAUCCACCGCGCUGGCCGGACGGGGCGCGCCGGACGCAGAGGGAUUUGCAUCACGCUCGCGAAGCUGGCAGAUGUUCCCUUUCUCCGCCGCAUCGAAUUGGACGGUGGCUUCCUCUUCCGCCGCGUAGGCACACCCCAGCCGCGCGCGGUGAGGCGCCAACUGUUGCUGCAACACAUCGAGAAGCUGCAGGAGUGGGGAGGCGAGAAAGAGACCGAGAGCAGGGACAAGGAGACGGAGCGCGAACUCAAGAAGGCGGUGCGGAGGCUGUUGGAGACAGUGCCAGCAGAGAAGGCGCUUCUGCGCUGUCUCAGCGAACUGAUGCGCGUGACGGAGCAGACGAAAGGGCGCGGCCCGAGCGGGAAGGACGCGGACGACGAAAAGGGUGGGGGCAACGGGGGGGCGCAGAGUCAGAUUCUAUCGUGUCUGAACGGCCGAGAUGGCUUCAAAACCUUCCACUUGGAGAUGACGCGCAUGCGCGAGCCGCUCCGCGGGUGCGGCUAUCUGUGGCGGGCGCUGAAGGACGCGUACCAGGGCCGCGAAGAACACGAGUUGAUUGAAAAAAUCCAGUGCAUGACUUUGUGUGAAGACGCCAAGGGCGCCGUCUUCGACAUCCAAGAGGAGGACUUGCCGCGCUUCAAUGCCAAGAUCUUGAAGCCCCUCCGAGACGUGGAGGGAAAGAAAGGCAGAGCUGCAAAAAUCGAAGAGGUCGAGGGCAAAGAGGAGAGCGGAAGUUCUCGGCGUGCAGGGAGGACCUUCGCCUUCACCAUUGAAGAAGUCGAAGAACUGCCUCCUCUUCAGGACGCCCUUGCAGCUCUCAGAGCCGACGAAAACGCAAACGGCAGCGCGUACGACAGCAGAAACCCCAACCACGUUUCAGGCAGACGCGGCAGAGACGGAGACAGAGGGCGCGGAGGAGACAGAGGGCGCGGAGGAGACAGAGGGCGCGGAGGAGACAGAGGGCGAGGCGGAGACAGAGGACGGGGCCGUGGCGGGGCAGGAGACAGUGGAAGAGGACGAGGAGGGUUUGUCGGAGGCCGAGGCGGAGACAGAGGGGGGCGAGGAGGUGUUGCUCGAGGGAGAGGCGCGGGGGGAUUUGUUGCAGGUCGAGGGAGAGCGUGAAAAGAGAAGGUCUUUAACAGCUGUUGUCGUUAUUUGAAAAGCGUGUGAAGCUCAAGGAAUCGCUGAGGGCUGCUGAUACUCGUUUGUUUCUUAUGGACCCUGUGCGAGCAUAUAGUAGGGGUCUCCAGAAGUCAGAGCAGGGUUUAUCUCGUGUGUUCGGACUCACGUAGAUUGCUUUUUCGGGUCCACCUUGCUGACUGUUUUCUUUCUGUUUUGUUGCUUUUGAAGAGGAACGCGUUGCUUCGUUCUUACCAAAGCCACUUUCGCAGCAGUCGAUGCGCCAACGACACGUGGGAGACUUUCGCGCGACUCUUUUCUCUGUCUUCCCAAAUGCAGGUUCCAU